AUGCACUCUGCGUUUUUGGCCCUCGUCGGGCUGUCUCUACUUCACUCCGUGUCGUCUCAAUUUUCUCCCGGUUUCCCUUAUGGUUCUCAGAAGGUGCGAGGCGUCAGCCUUGGAGGUUGGCUCGUACUCGAGCCAUGGAUCACCCCCAGCAUAUUCGACAACACAGGAAAUCCUAAUAUCAUCGAUGAAUGGACAUUUGGGCAAUACUAUGACCGUACUACUGCAGCAAACGUACUACAGAACCACUGGAACACCUGGAUUACACAGAAUGAUUUUGCAAAUAUUGCUGCUGCCGGAUUGAACCAUGUGAGACUGCCUAUCGGGUACUGGGCCUUUGAAGUUGGCCCUGGUGAGCCAUACAUACAGGGCCAGCUGCCUUACCUUCAGAACGCUGUGCAAUGGGCUGGCCAAUACGGACUCAUGUUGAUCGUCGAUCUUCAUGGGGCUCCCGGAAGCCAAAACGGGCACGUACUAAUUGUGUACGAUAAUUCUGGGCACAGCAUGCCAUACCCUACAUGGCAGUCAAACCAAACGAAUAUUGCCCGGACAGACGCGAUCAUCAAACAGAUUGCUUCCAUGUUUGCUGGUCAGGCCAAUGUUGUUCCUAUCAUCGCGCCCUUGAACGAGUAUCCGUACGGCACAUCGACGCAGAGCAAUACUGUCGUUCUACUUCAUGAUGCUUUCCAGCCUCUGAGUUAUUGGAACGGAUUUGAGACCGCACCCGACUUCCAGGGCGUGGCGAUGGAUACGCACAUCUACCAGGUGUUUUCCAACGCGGAUGUCCAAAUGUCCUGGCAGAGCCAUAUCAAUACUGCGUGUGGUACUCAAUCCACUCUUUCCGAUUUCGACCUUUGGCUUAUGGUCGGUGAAUGGUCACCUGCCAUUACCGACUGUGCCACCUACCUCAACGGCAGGGGCAACGGGGCCCGUUACGAUGGUUCCUACCCUGGUUCCACUUAUGUCGGAAGUUGCACCGGGCUUACUGGGAGCGCAUCUACUUUCAGCUCGAGCUAUAAGACUUUCCUUCGUCAGUUCUGGGAAGCGCAGGUUAUUUCCUACGAGAAAUCAAACGGAUGGUUGAUGUGGACGUGGAAGACAGAGAGUGCAGAUGAAUGGUCAUACCUGGCUGGAUUACAAAACGGCUGGAUACCCUGGUCUCCUACUGACCUCCAAUACCCCACUAUUUGCGGGUAGACGCA